AUGAAGGAUUGGAACGAAUCAUCGGUGUCGCUUACGGCUCCGCCUGUCGACCCCUCCGCCUCCCCGCUCGACGAGGAUACGUGCCACGCCGAGAACACGGACCGUGAAUUGCGCGUACUCCGUCACCGUGCCCGUCGACCAUGGGGAACGUCUUGGUGGAACACGCUGCAACUGGCUUCUCCCUGGACUUGGUGGGGAGUGGCACGUUUGCGGCAAGUCGAUCUGGGGAGUUUGCGGCACGCCUUUUGGGGUGUACUGGUUCCCGCCGGGGGGUACUACCACUUACUGACGCGGUAUCGUACCAACGAGAUACCCGUACGCAUGGGGUCCGCAUCACCAACGAUGGAUCGUAUCGAACUGUGGCCUUGCGGUGGAACCUCGACACCGGCACGGCUGGAUCGUUGGUUCGUACUGUUGUUGCCCCUCUUGGCGUGUCCCUGGUGUCUCUCGUGGACGCUGGCCGCCGGACAAACCGUCCGUGAACUAAUUGCCCAAAUGACGGCCUUGCGCAAUCUGCAAACCCCGGCUUUGUUGGAUGCUUGGCAAAUACUGGCCGACUCGGUGACCAACGGACGAGCCUAUCGCACCCGCUCGUACGACGUCUACCUACCGCCCCCGUCGUCGUCGACCCAUCCACCACCACCACGUUGUCGGGCCGCUCUCUGGUUUCUCCCCGGAGCUGCCGUCGAUCACACCGCCUACGCGGCACCCGCCGCCAUGCUCUCCGAUUUAGGCUACCUCGUCGUGGUUGUCGGGGCCGAACCCAUGCGGUUGGCGACUCCGGAACUCGGCUGCCACGCGGCUCGGCUCCGGGCCGUCCGCGCCCGCGUCUGGGCACGCUAUCGAACCGCAUCGGCCGGGCCGUGCACCACCGUGCCCUGGUACCUAGUGGGACAUUCGUUGGGAGCAUUUACCGCCAGUCACGUGGUGGAGGAAUUGGGGGUGACCAAGUUGGUGGCCUGGGGAGUAGCACCCUUUCCGAAUUGGAACGAUCUGUCGCACACCCAUCAAACUCUGCCACAGACAUCUUUCUUGUCCAUGCUGCUGAUCCAGGGUUCCAGGGAUAGUAUUGUCGAGACGUUCGGGAGCGACGACAAGUGGCGGACUUUGCGUGCGCGGUUCCCGCCCUCGUUGGAGGAACACGUCCUCGAGGGAGGUACCCACUGCGGAUUCGCCAGUUACCGGUCAGACGCCUUUCCCGAAGUCAGUGAUUUGCCCCGGUCCCAGCAACAGGCGCGCGCCGUGGCGCUCACCGACGCCUUUUUGUCGGACCGCCGCCGCCACGCCACACACACGCCGAACGGAUAUUCGGUGACCGAUUUCCUAGCACAACGCCGUACGGUAGAGUAAAUAACUGUAAUUAACGCAUUGGCCGGUUCCGGUCGGUCCCUAAGCACUGU